UGUGCUCGUAGGUGCUUUGGUUGAAUGACCGGGCCCGAGCUAUGGUCAGCGUGCGUCCGUGACGGGAGCAUAGGCACCUCCUGGAAGUGAACAGCGCACACGUCAUCGCGCCGAAGGCCGCGGUGCCAUAUCAGUGCCUGCAAGACGAAAAGGCGUCGCAGGAAGAUCUGAGGGUCCCCUCGAAGAAAGACCUGGUGUGUCCAAAUGCGGCCAAGUAUGCCGAAGAUCAUACACUGCGGCUGCAUCCAGUACAGAAGAAGCUCAUGGAGAUCACGAAAAGUCACUACUACGGCUCCAUGUUGGGCGACAGUUGCCAGCUGCAGUUUUUCCAAAUACUACUGAAAACCAUGUCCGCUAAGAAGUACCUCGAAAUAGGAACAUUCACGGGCUGCAGCGCCGUGUCAGCGGCACUGGCCCUGCCUCCAGACGGAAAAGUGGUCGCCCUGGACCUCUACGAGAACCUGGUCAACGUGGGCAGGCCUCACUGGAAAGAAGCCGGCGUGGAAGACAAGAUUGAAAUGAGGUUUGGCCAGGCCGUUGAGUCCUUAGACGCCCUCCUGAGCGAAGGUCAGGCUGGCACGUUCGACUUCGUGUUCAUCGACGCGGACAAGGAGAACUACGACAACUACUACGAGAGGUCCCUGCAGUUGGUCAGGAAAAAUGGACUCAUCGCCAUCGACAAUGUGCUGUGGCGCGGCCUGGUCUACGACUCCAGCGACAAUUCGACGGAAGUGGCGGCGCUGCGGGCCUUCAACAAGAAACUGCACGAGGACGAGCGGGUAGACGUCUGUCUGCUGCCACUCGCCGACGGGAUCACGUUUGCCCGGAAGAGAUGAUGGGCAGCUUUGAAAGUCUGACGCCAUCAGGCACCUUAAAGCAUUCAAUAAAGUCUUAUGUUAUCUUUCUUACGG